GCCCGGCUGCUUCGGAGAGCGAGGGAAAGCGGAAGCUGGGGCGGAGAGGGAUUCGACGGUGGCGGGCUCUGCUGUCCCCUCCCCUCGAAGCCUUCUUGGCGCUGCCCGGCCCCGCCAUCCCGCGCCGGGGGGCCCGUGCGUUUCUCGGGAUGCGAUCGAUAUUGGUCGGAAGCGACAGCGCCGUGUCAUUGUCCCAGCAGGUCCAGGGCACCGGCGGCAGCAGCGCCGUCAGCAAGUGCUCGGCGGCAGCGCGGGGCUAUAUCCAGGACCGGUUCCUGCGGCUGCUGGCGGGGCGGCGGCGGCGGCGGCGAGCGCCGCUUAUCCACCGGGGUUAUUACAUCCGUGCCCGUGCUGUAGAUCACUGUGUUCAUGACUUCCUGCUGAAGACACAAAGCUUACCCAGGACACAGAUCCUAUCUUUAGGUGCUGGCUUUGAUUCCUUAUACUUCCGUUUGAAGGACAUAGGUCUUCUGCAUCACACUGUGGUAUAUGAGGUAGAUUUCCCAAAUGUGGCAUGCCAAAAAGCUGCUCUGAUCAAAGGAAUGAAAGAGUUGUCAGCACUGGUGGGAGACACUGGAGGGGAAGGAUUAGGAGCCAUUACCUUUUCCGCAGUGGAUUAUAAAUUACUGGGAGUGGAUUUAUCAGAGCUGUCUGAGCUGGAGAGAACCCUGGAGGAAGCAGGACUGAACAAGGAAAUCCCCACCCUCUUCAUCGCAGAGGUGGUGCUCACCUACAUGGAGAACACCAGGUCAGAUGCCUUGAUUCAGUGGGCAGCAGAGCAUUUCCCUCAGGCAUGCUUCCUGAUGUAUGAGCAGGUACACCCAGAGGACCCCUUUGGACAUGUCAUGCAGCAGCAUUUCAGCCAGCUGAACACAGCACUGCACUCGCUGGCACAGUACCCUGACUGUGAGGCACAGCAGAGGCGCUUUCUGGGGAAGGGCUGGACUGAGUGCAGUGUCAUGGAUAUGAAUGAGUUUUUCUCCUGUUGUAUUCCAGAGGAUGAACAGCAAAGAGUGCGGACUCUGGAGCCUUUUGAUGAGUAUGAGGAAUGGCAUCUGAAAUGUUCUCAUUACUUUGUGUUGGCUGCAUCAAAGGGGAUGGAACCUUCCUGGACUCCUUUGUUACCCAGUGUGACAGCUCCUCGUCAUGCUGGUCCUGUUGGGAUGGCAGGGAGUGUCCCUGCAGCAGUAUGUGCAAGGCUCUCAGGAGUUCCUGGCCUGAGGCGUUACGGUCACCACUCUGUUCUUAUAAAACCCAACAUGAUUCUGACCACGGGAGGCUUUGGGGAGGAGGAUGGACAACACUGCCGCAUGAGAAAUUUCCAUCUGCUGAGUAAGCAUGCAGGCUACUGGGAAGCUGUCUGUGUGACACAGAAUAUUCCUGAUAAAAGAUGGGGUGAGAGGUUGUACCAUACUGUGUCUUGUCUCUCAGACACUCUGGCCCUUGUGGUAGGAGGACGAACAUCCCCAUCGAGCGCAGGCUUGGGAAUGUUGUGGCUGAAAUUCCCCAAAACCUGUAAUGCUGGCCCAGAUGAUGUUGGAGUGGAGCUUGUAAGUCUGCAGCCUGCUGCUGAAGCAGCAGCUUUGCGUUGGAGACACAGCACAACUGAAAUUACAUUCAAAGGUGAGCAGUACCUGUUUGUGUAUGGUGGCCGCUCUGCUCUGGAGCCUGUGCUUGGGGAUUGGUUUUUCCUGCACACUCCAGAGCUCUCCUACACUGUGAUUGCUGUUGAGGGCCCAGUCCCAGAAAGCCGCCACUCUCACAGUGCCUGCAGCUGGGAAGGAGGUGUGCUGAUUGCAGGAGGUCUGGGAGCAGCUGAGCAGCCCUUGGGUUCAGUUUUUCUUUUGAGGCAGCUUGAACAUGGCUUACAGUGGCAGACAAUAGAGACACACCCUCCUCUUGUCCCAAGGUAUUCACAUACUGCACAUGUGCAUGAAGGAAAGCUUCUGCUCGUUGGUGGAGUGUGGUUUCAUGCAUCCUGUGUGCCAGGUGUCACUGUCAUUGAUUUAAUGACUGGUCUCUGCUUGAACUAUGUGAUUGAUGUGGAGCACUUGGAGUGGCCAUUAAUGCUACAUAAUCAUAGCAGUGUCUUUCUGCCGAAUGAGAAGGAGCUGUUGGUCAUUGGCGGUGGUGGAAACUGCUUCUCCUUUGGGACACACUUGAACCCAGAACCUGUCUCGCUAAGCCUCAGCAGCAUCCUCAUCAGUCACUGAGUGGGACCAAGCAGGGCUGGCUGAACCAUGCUACUGCACUGUGGGGAGACAUCUAUUCACUCUAGGUUCAGAAGCAGCACAAUAUUUCCUCAAAAGCUUUGUAUCUAGAAUGCAUUUGUGAAGGUGGGAUCAGGAGGGACAGUUACAGUAAGGAAUUCACACCUCUCUGGCUGUUACGUUUUUAUGGCUUUGUGUUGCUGUAAAUAAAGUACCUCAGAAGCA